AUGACAAAGAACUCUGGCCUGGCUGCCAAGGGCCUGGUGCUCCUCUUUGCCACCACCGCUUUUGCAAACCCCAUUGAGAACCUCUACCGCGAGCUCCUCAAGCGCGAUGAGCCUCCCCGUGCCCUCGACGAGCACUGCUCUGAAGAGGAAAAGAAGUGGCAGCCUGCCUUGGACUUUGACAAGGACAGCUGCUACAACGUGCCGGCCAUCGACAAGGACGGCAACAUCGCUACUGGCGACACGGUCGAUUACCAAUAUUCAUGGUCUGAUAAGUGCCGCGACAUUGAAGACCUUGAUAACAACAACGUCUACGUGCGCACUCGCUGCAACAACCACUGGUGUGGUUACUUGUACGACUACUACUUUGAGCGUGAUCAGUCCGUUCAGGGUGUCAUCAGCGGCGGCCACCGACACGACUGGGAGCACAUUGCCGUCUUCACCAAGGACAAUGAGGGCGCUCAAGUCGUCGCCGCCUCCGCUCACGGUGACUACAUCACCAACAAGGCUGGCGAUGUUCGCUUCCACGAGGGCACACACGUCAAGGUUGUCUACCACAAGGAUGGCGGCUCUACUCACGCCUUCCGCUUCGCUGAAAAAGACGACGAUGCGAUCGAGAACCACAAGGGAUACUGGUUUGUUGGACCUCUGGUUAACUGGGAGGGCUUCCCCAGCGGUGAGAUCCGCGACAAGCUCAUGAACCACGACUUUGGCGAGGCGAACGUUGGCAUCAAGGACGGGAGCUUCAAGGCUAACCUGGACCGCGCUCGCAACGACCUUGUUGACGGCUUCAACAGCGGUUAA